CGCAUUUGUUCCCGCUUCCCACUUCCAGCCAACAAGCAUGGAUCCAGCCACCUUCAUAGACCCCAACCUGACGGUCCCCGACCGUUUGGUGCUGGAGCAUCUGCUCAAGGAAGCGGAAUCCCCGGCCGCGGCCGCAGCAGCCGCAGCCACAGCCGCCGGGAAGAAAAACCCAAACGCCAAUGGCAAUGGCACCCAUGGGGCGACCGGGCAUGAAGAAGAGGACGUUGACCCAGCAACCCAAAAGACCAUCACGCACCUCUCCGCGCUCAACAGCCCCGCCAGCAGCGCCUUCACGCCCACUGUCUUCGUGACCUGGGACCUGCCGCAGCUCACCACCCAACUCCCCACCAUGUUCGUGUCAUGCAUCCUGCAGCCGUACAUCCGCGCCGCGCGGUCCGUCGUACGGGUCGAAACCGACGUGGUGAUGCUCACGCACCUGCUGCUGUACUUCUCGACCUCCAUCCCCAGCGCCCUGUACCUGUUCUUCGGAACAUUCCACUGGUGGCACGGCCUCCUGCACUGGCUCAUGCAAUCCUACUACGUCGGCACCUACACCCUGAUGAUGCACCAGCACAUCCACAUGGGUGGGAUCCUGACCCGCGCCCACCCCUUCGCUGUCAUCGUCGACGCCGUCUUCCCCUACAUCCUCGACCCGCUGAUGGGCCACACCUGGAACUCCUACUUCUAUCACCACGUGAAACACCACCACGUCGAGGGCAACGGGCCCCGCGACCUGUCCAGCACCCUGCGGUACCAGCGCGAUUCCCCCCGGGAUUUCGCCUGCUAUGUGGCUCGCUUCUACUUCCUGGUGUGGGUGGAGCUGCCCGCGUACUUCCUGCGGCGCGGGCAGGUGCUCACCGCGGCGAAAGCGGGGCUGUGGGAGGUAGGCACGUACGCCAUGAUUGCGGCGGCGUGGACGUGGGGCGGCUGGCGGCCGACGUUGUGUGUGUUGCUGCUGCCCUUGUUGCAGUUGCGGGUGGGCUUGAUGGUGGGGAAUUGGGGCCAGCAUGCGCUGGUCGAUGAGGUGGACCCAGAUUCGGAUUUUCGGAGUAGUAUCACGUUGAUUGAUGUUGCGAGCAACCGCUUCUGCUACAACGACGGCUACCACACCUCGCACCACCUCAACCCCCGCCGCCACUGGCGCGACCACCCCGUCGCCUUCCUGCGCCAGCACCGCCGCUACGCCGCUGAGCAGGCCCUCGUCUUCCGGAAUAUCGAUUACAUCAUGAUCACCAUCCGCCUGCUCCGGAAGGAUUACCUGCAUCUGGCCAAGUGUCUGGUGCCCAUGGGGGAGCAGAUCGGGAUGACACUGGAAGAAAAGGCGGAGAUGUUACGGCGGAAGACGCGGCGGUUUAGUGAGGAGGAGAUUGCGAGGAAGUUCAAGCUGUAGGUUUGCUGGCUUGCUUUGCUUUGCUUUGCUUUGCUUUGCUCUGCUUUGCUUGGCUUUGCUUGGCUUGACUCUGGAUUAUAUAGCGGAGUCUUAGGGUUCAGGUUGUGGUUUGAUUAUGCCGUGCUGUGCCGUGCUGUAUAUAGCUAGGGUGGGGGUGG